GUACCGGCGCGGUGCAUUGUGGGACACAGAGUAAGAUGGAAGCGUCCACUAAGAGCAUGUUGACGUUUCAAUAACAAAUGUUUUAAGUGUAAUAUCCCCACAUACGGCUGUCAUUUAUGCUUUUCUGGAACAAUAACGACAUAUUUAAGAGGCAGGAGAUUGCCACAGGACAUUGGAACUGAAAACAUGUCUGUUCUGGCAGGGUUACUGAAGGCUGGAGCGUCCUUCUGUCAGACUGCCAGGGCCUUCUCUACAGGCGCAUGCUGUCAGAUCAGGAUGCAUGCCAUCCCCGCGCUGAAGAAGGUGGACCGGUGGACGGAGAAGAGGAGCAUGUACGGAGUCUACGAUAAUAUAGGCAUCUUAGGAGACUUCAAAGCUCAUCCCAAAGAUCUGAUCAUCGCUCCGUGCUGGGUGAAGGCCUUCAGAGGCAACGAGCUGCAGCGGCUCACCAGGAAGAAGAGGAUGGUGGGAGACCGAAUGAUGACUGAGGACAAACUGCAACUGGAGAAGAGGGUCCGCUUACUCUACAGACGCUACAACCGCACCGGCAAAUACCGUUAACCUGAACCAACAUUACUGGCCAAAACAUCUGAGCAGCCAAUAGGAACUGACGGAGAACAGCUGUGGGAUGCCAUGCUGUAAACGUGUUGUGUAUUGCCAUUUUUUUGUAUGUUUUCUUCAUGUAAAGAGAAGAUUUGUGUAUUUCAGUUAAUCUAUAUUUUUUCCUGACUGUCACAAACAAAUGAUAUAAAAGUCUAAUAAUGGACUGGAAAAGAA